GAGCGUCUUAAAGAUGUCUGUCCGCUGCAGGACCGCGGGAAUAACAGGAGUGAGCAAUCCGAGGCGUUACUGAGCACGAAGUACGUUAAAGUCCCGCGGAGGCGUAAGAGAGGACCUGUUGCUGAUCGGAAGCGGCGCGGGCGCACGACCACCCCGGGGCUGCGGAAUUGCCCGCAGACGCGCGGACUGUCGCGAGUGCUGAAGUCCAGCAGGCGGACACAUGUAACCCGUAUUCGUUACGAGCCCGGCUUCUGACGUUUGGAGGACGUUGCUGCCGGACCCAAGCUGGAGACGGACUGUGAGUGGGCGAGGUGCUUAUCUAGUGAAGUCCCGUGUGAAACGUACGCCUUAUCAUGUAAACUGAAUGCUUGGCGUUAACACGGCACCGUCAGCGAAAGCAUACGUGUGUCAGAGCGAUAUUCCCCCGGACUGUAACUUCACCGACCCAAUCCUAACGGGAACAGCUCACUGCGUGUCAGAGCGAUAUUCCCCCGGACUGUAACUUCACCGACCCAUUCCUAACGGGAACAGGUCACGGUCACGCGUUCACUUGCGGAAUGGCGGAAACACACCGGGACGCGCGUGGACUUCUCUUAAACCUGAAGUUGGCCAGACCAUGACUGACAACUGAAAGCUAAAAGGAGACGGAAAGAACGCUGGUAACAAGUCGGGGAUAAAUAGCCAGCGCACUCGAGGCUAGGAUGCUGCUCACGUGGGGCGCACUGGUCCAAGCGUGUUUCGCGCUGCUGGUGCAGGCCAGCCAGUGGAGCCUCAGGGACUCCUCCAGCUGUGAGCUUAACAGACAACAAAGCGAACUGAACUCCUUCCUGUGGACGAUAAAGCGAGACCCGCCCUCAUAUUUCUACGGCACCAUCCAUGUCCCCUACACCCGCGUGUGGGACUACAUUCCAGAGAACUCCAAGAAGGCCUUUCAGGAGAGCAACAUUGUGUACUUCGAGCUGGACCUGACGGACCCCUACACCAUCUCGGCCCUGACCAAGUGUCAGCUGCUGCCGCAGGGCGAGAACCUGCAGGACGUGCUGCCUCGGGACCUGUACCGCAGGCUCAAGCGCCACCUGGACUACGUCAAGCACAUGAUGCCCCUCUGGAUGACGGCGGACCAGCGGGGGCGUGGCCUCUACGCCGACUACCUCUUCAACGCCAUCGCCGGCAACUGGGAGCGCAAGCGUCCCGUCUGGGUCAUGCUGAUGGUGAACUCGCUGACGGAGGCGGAUGUGAAGACGCGCGGCGUGCCCGUGCUCGACCUGUACCUGGCGCAGGAGGCCGAGCGAAUGAAGAAGAGCACGGGCGCCGUGGAGAAGGUGGAGGAGCAGUGUCUCCCACUCAACGGCCUCAACUUCUCCCAGGUGAUUUUCGCCCUGAACCAGACGCUGCUACAGCAGGAGAGUCUUCGUGCAGGGAGCAUGCAGGUCCCCUACACUACCGAAGACCUGAUCAAACACUACAACUGUGGGGACCUCAACUCCAUCAUCUUCAACCAUGACACCUCACAGGUUCCAAACUUCAACAAUGUGACGCUGCGUCCCAGCGAGCAGGCCACGGCACAGGAGAUCGACAGCUACUUCCGUCAGGAGCUCAUAUACAAGCGCAACGAGCGCAUGGGCAUGCGCGUGAAGCUCCUGCUGGAAGAGUAUCCAGACAAGAGCUUCUUCUUCGCCUUCGGAGCUGGUCACUUCCUGGGCAACAACACAGUGAUCGAUGUUCUGAGGAGUCAGGGCUAUGAGGUGGAGCACACACCAGCUGGCCAGCCCAUUAACAGCGACCGUCAUCCUGGACAUCCCGUGGACGGGGAGCAUGCGACACUGGACAAGGAGUCGCCAGCUGAGGCCUUCGUACACCAGGGUGGAGAGUGGCGCCCCCUGGAGGAAGAGGACCCACCGCCACACCUGCUGCUCCCAGACAGCCUGGACCUGCUGGGGAAGGCCGAGCGCAAGACGAAGAGGCGGCGAAACAGGCAGAGGAAACAGCGCCCCCGUCAGUUCAACGACCUCUGGGUGCGCAUGGAUGAGAGCACAACAUUGGAACCCCCGCCCCAAGUGGUCCGCAUCAUCAACGGCUACAUCACCGUGAAGGCCCAUCCACGACAUUACGGGAGGUCCAAUCACGACAGGACAUUCUCAGGCUCCACCACCUUGAGGGGAGGCGCAUCCGUCAGCAUGCUAAUGUUGUGGCUACCGUUGAUCCUGGGGAGAGUCCUUGACCUGUAAACCAUCUGCGUGACCUCUAGCUUGACCACAUGACCUCCUGAGCUGCUUCUAAAGAACUAGAAAGGUGAAGAGGUCAUGCAGAAAGGUGAAAAGGUCAUACAGAAAUCCUUAAAUCACCCUUUCAUUUCCUAAAGGAUUACUUAAAUGCCGGAUCAUGAGGCAGACUUUGUAAAUAUCAAAUGUAUCAUAGAUGUAAUUUAGAAACAUGAACAAAAUUUAUGCAUUUUGCUCAUUUUUAUAUAUACAGUAAAUAAGAUUUACUAUAUUUUUGUGACUAAAAUUGGCU